AUGGCACUAAACGCCUAUCUCAACAAAAAAGUAUCCGUCCUGACGCUCGACGGACGAACCAUGGUCGGCACGCUCUUCUCGUGCGACGGAUCGAUGAACCUAGUGCUAGCCGACGCAUACGAGCGCAUCAUUCGACCAGCCGAGGACGGCGUGCCGAGCGAAGAAGUGCCGCUGGGACUGUACAUUGUGCGGGGCGACAGUGUGGCCGUGUGCGGGCGGGUGGAUGAGGAUGUGGAUGGGAAGAUUGAUUGGACAAAGGUGCAUGGCGAUGUGCUGGGGAGUACGAGGCACGUCUGA